CGCCGUCGAGAACGCAUCGAGCGGAAACCCAGUCGUAGUCUAUAGAAGCCCCCCCCGGCUAUGAUCUAAAUCCUGGAUCAACGAAGAUUUUGUGAGCUUUUCCCCGAGUGUGGUGUCACCACGUCGAGUGAUAUACUUUGGCUCUAAAGUUCACAUCAGAAGUGGAGAGGAUUACGGAAGCGUUGUUAUUAUUUUCACUGUAUGUUUUGCUGUCCCUUUUUGCACGUUAUCUUGGUUUGAGCAGAGAAGUGAAAUUUUAUCCUCCAUUUCUGGUCGAAUAACAUCGGUGGCUUCGGUGGCUUGAAGCAGUGUCGCCGGUGUAGUCACAGUGAUUGAUGAGCUUUUGAUGUUCGAGAUACAUUAGGAAUGCAGCGUAGUGUUAUCGUGAGCUCCCGUGUGCGGUAACAAAUUGCGGUAAUGGAUCAUUUGCAGUUUGUGAAAUAUGUUGCCGCAUCUCGCGAGUGAGCAGCAUAUGCAGAGGAAGUGUAUCACAAUAAAAAAAUAAUAAAGCCAUUUUAAACGUGUCCCACGUACAAUGAAUCGUGAAACGGUGGAAAGUGAUUCAUAGCGCAAUGAAUAAUGAAAAUGUGAUCCUAAGUAGACCCGAUGAUUAUUUUCGAGUGGCACAUACGGAACCAGUAUUUCAAAUAUAUCAUUAACGAGAAUUAUCCUACCGUCGAACGUGUGUCCAACGUGGAAAUGAGUUAUUGGGAAAUUGUAAAGCUCGCAAGUGUGUGUGUGAAAAGGGAAUUUUGUCAUAACUGAUGGAUUAACAGCAGUGGUUAUGAUGGCCAUAUUUCUAAAAGGACUCAAUGCGUGACGAGCAAAAUGGAGCAAAGGAUUAUAGCAGGCAUUUUUGGAUUACUGAUUAUUAUACAGCAGAUAGCUGGAGAUGAUUUAGGUCUUCUAUCGAGCACAUUACGUGCAUUCCGGCAAAUGAGUUGCGAAGACCAGUUUUUGACUUUAUCCUGUCCCGAAGGAACCAGCGUAAGCGUGGAGCUUGUGCAGUAUGGAAAAAGAGAAGAAAAUUCCUCACUGCUAUGCUCCUUCACCGGCGGUACGGAUAGUCGGUAUUUCUCCGAAUCGACGACUUUGAUGGCGGACAUGCCUUUCGUCCUGGGGAAUAUGACAUUCUCCCUGGUGGAACCGAACAUCAACGAGACUGUUCUGCUCGACAAAGCGCGGAGCAAGUGUAUACAGAGCCAUAUAUUACAGUACUCCAUCCUGCAAAUUGUGGUAGAGGCCUGCCAGAAGAAACGCAAAUGUACAUUCCGAGCCACGCCAAAAGCGUUCGACAGCGCUCCGUGCCCUGGCAUCCACAAGAUGGUGGAAGUGAGCUACAAAUGUAGACCAUUCGAGUUUCGGAGUCUGAUUGCUUGCGAGAAGGAUGUGAUACGAUUGGUCUGUGGUCGUUAUACCCGUAUUGCCAUCUACAGUGCCAGCUUCGGCCACACGGCCUACGAAAGCUCGCACUGCUCGCAGACGGCAGGCUCCAAAGAAGAAACUUGCCUGUCAACCCACACGAGCCUCACUCUAACCGAAAUUUGCCAGGGAAGGCGCAAGUGUACAGUGGCGGUUGAAGGGUCCACCUUCGGGCAACCUUGUCCUGCCAACGUUCGGGUUUCGCUGAAAGUUGUUUACGCAUGUGUUUCGAGAAAUGUGUUCAGAGAUCGUUACAUUACCCCGCUAGAGGAUGAUGAAUUAGACCAACAAUUUGAGCUCAACGAACUGUAUGAUGAUGAAUACACUCCCGCCCCCAAUCAGGUGGACGACUCUUCCAGUGACCAGAUGAGCCAUAAAUUCUCAGAUGAGCUCGAGGCAACCGUGAAGGCUGAAAAUAUUCUCACUCAAAGCAAGAACGCCAAUGUCGAUUCCCAGUCCGAUAAUCGUCUGCUAGUGAUCGUCGUGGUAAUUGUAUUCUUCGGAUGCUGCCUAUCCAUCGGGGCAUUAGUGGCUUACAAAAUAAGAUUACUAUCAUCAACGGACAAUGUGUGCAUCAAGCAUUCGGAAUCGAGUGAUCCGCAGUCCAAUACGAACAGCAACGGACCGAAUGAUGACUUUGAUUUGGUGGAAUGCGUAGCGGAAACUAUUCCCGUAGCGGUUAAAAUGAAGCAAACAAACUUCGAGCAUCCAUCAACAUCCGCCACCAUCCUGCCGACGUUCAAAGUUUUCAAUCCUCCUGAUGCUGUGCCCCAGAUAUCAACCACAAUGUUCAUCCUGCCAAAUUAUAUCGUUAACGGAGCCAAUUUGCAGAGCAAUAAAAACGUUCAGCCAACUCAAACGGCCACUGAAAACUUGAGUCUGGCUAUGACAGAUGUCUCAUCUAGCACUGACCCGUUCCCACAUGGGCCUAACCCUUGUGUUAAAUGUUACCUUCUGGGAUGGCAUGCCACGGGCAUCGGACCGGCCGCGCUGGAGCAGAAGCCAAUUCCUCACCACAAUCAAUCAUUUAAAACGCCAGAAGCUGAAAGUAAAAUCUGCCAACACGAUCCUUUUUUAUGGCUGGGCUUGAAAAUCGGGGUGAUGUAAACUUGUAGGGUAAAGUUGUCAAGAGCAAUCUGAACAUGUAAUCAGUGUUUCCUUCCGGUACAGAGCUACAACUUAUUUCAAUUUCACCAUCUCCAUCAUCACUUCACAAAUACACUUGACUCAAAGUAAUCGUCUUGGCAGCUUUACCCGUUGACAAUUGCCUGCGAGGGGGCGGCAAAGUCAUCAAAGUUCGUUUUCUUCACAUCACAUCGAAAGUGCGUGCGAUAGUCGCAUUCGAAAGCGCGAUCCACCCACACACACACACAUACAUGUAUCUAUGGCAAAUCUAUGCUACGCAAUUUUGUGCCAUCACCACCGAAAAGGAUAAGAGAUAAGAACGAAAGUAUUUAGGUAUAUCGAUUACAAUCAUCACGCUCUAUCAUAUAGAGCAGCAACUUCAUAUUACAUCAAAGAAUGUCACUUUACCUGGAGAAAAUUAGAUAUCGUUUCAGCCUUUUUACGUUACUCAGUUAAUUUAAUCGAUAUUUGAUUUCAUCUGUGUGCUGAAACAUGAAGCCAAACACAAACCUGUUAGCGUAAGAUGAGUGUAAAUAUUUUACGCAGUUGUCUGACACAGAUAAAACUAUACUAAAACGUGUACUUUUGUUGAUAUGGUUAAAUACAUUUUUCUAAGUAAAAUAA